AUGGCGUUAGAGCAAACCCUAGCUGUAAAGAGCCACAUUCUCCUCUAUCACCAAACUCGCCCAACUGCUUCGUCCCCAAUUUUCACACUCAACCCUAAAAAUCGGAGAAGUUCAUCCCGCAUAAAGUGCUCGUUCGACUACAACGGCAGCGGUACCGCCGCGAACAACGGCAGCGGGUAUUACGAGUACGAGCGAGGUGCGGAGGCUUCCGCGGUGGCGGAAAACAUGCAAUACCCUAAGCCGGCGGAGAUUCAGUGGAAUAAGGAGCUCUGCAACAGGGUGCAGUUUAUUGGUGUAAUUGCGGCUCCGGUUCAGAUUAAGCAUUUCCCUUCAGGGAAAGUUGUGUCUAAUUCUCGUCUUACCGUGAAGACAAACAAAACUGAUACAGUUCGGAUAAGCUUGGCUUUCUGGAAUGAGUUGGCCGAAGUUGCUUUUCAGCAUGUCGAAAUAGGUCAGCAAGUAUAUGUCGCUGGUCGCCUAGUUGCAGACACAGUUCAAAAUGAUAAUGGGAUGUCACAGACCUACUAUAAGGUAAUUGUAAAGGAGCUGAAUUUUAUUGAAAGGAGCCAAACCCAAUCGUCCACUCCAUUAUACUAUGGGGAUUCUAACUCUGCGAGACAAGGCAAAAAGCAAUACCCUGCAAAUUCAACUGGUUUAGUAGAAGGACUCUGGCAAGCAUUCUUUGCUAAUCCAACGGAAUGGUGGGAUAAUAGGAAGAACAAGAAAAACCCAAGCUAUCCAGAUUUCAAGCACAAAGAUACCGGUGAAUCAUUGUGGGUUGAUGGUAGGUAUAAUCCAUCAUGGGUAAAAUCCCAACUGGAUGUGCUCGACUCCAAAAUGGAAUCAUUUCGUGAGCAAAACUCGAGCGCAUAUCAAAAUUUCAUGUCUGUGGAUAAUCUUGGGCCCUUCUGA